AUGCAAGACCCCACCAUGUCCAAACCAGAUGUUGCUCACAAUGAAGCGGCAGAGCCACAGCAGGGGGACAAAAUCAUGGACAAUAGUGGCAUUGUACGCGUCCCUUUGACCGAAGAAGACAGUAAGCGCAUCUGCCGCAAGACCGACCGAACGAUUCUUGUUGUGCUGGCCUGGGUCUACUUUUUGCAGAUCCUCGAUAAGACAGUCCUCGGAUACGGUGCAACAUUCGGUUUGCAGAAAGACACGGGCCUUACCGGCAACGAAUAUUCACUCGUCGGCUCCAUCAGCCCCAUUGCACAACUUGCCUGGCAGCCCUUUUCUUCAUACCUGAUUGUCAAGGUUCCCCACAAAAUCCUGAUGCCAGCACUAUGCCUUGGUUGGGGAAUUGCCCAGACAUGUAUGGCUGUGUGCCACAACUUCAACUCCUUGAUGGCCGCCCGAUUCUUUUUGGGUUUGUUCGAGGCCGGCUGUCUCCCUCUCUUCGGUGUUAUCACAAGUCAAUGGUACCGCCGUGCAGAGCAACCGAUCCGGAUCGCUGCGUGGUAUAGCACAAACGGUCUAGCAACCAUCGUCGCAGCUGCCUUAUCUUAUGGAUUGGCACAGAUAGAGUCCGAUGUUCUCAAAUCAUGGCAAAUCAUCUUUCUUGUGGUUGGCCUCAUAACUGUUGCAUCUUCUCCAUUCGUCUACUGGCGCUUGGACAACGAUAUAUCCACUGCUCGUUUCCUUAAUGAGGAGGAGAAAGCUCAAGGCAUAGAACGCCUUCGGGCCAACCAGACCGGAACCGGGAAUACGGAGUUCAAGUUCAGUCAUGUCCUCGAAGCCUGCUCAGAGCCCAAAACAUAUCUGUGGAUUGGAAUGGCAAUGCUCCUCAACAUUGGAGCCAGCGUGACCAACAUCUUCGGUCCACUGAUUCUAAGCGGCCUUGGAUACGAUAAAUACAGGACAACUCUGUUGACUAUGCCAUUUGGCGCAUUGCAAUUCAUCAUCAUUCUGCUGGCAAGCUAUCUCGCCCAAACUGCUCGUGUGAAGGGCGCUAUCAUCGCAGCUUUCAUGCUGCCCGUGAUCGCUGGCCUAGCAAUUUUAUAUGCUGUGGCUCGGACUAAGUCUGUGCAGGGCCAGUUACUUGCUGGCUACUACCUGCUGGCAUUCUUAUUUGGCGGCAAUCCAUUGAUUGUGACCUGGAUCAUCGGCAACACGGCAGGCACCACUAAAAAAUCCGUUAUCAUGAGCAUGUACAAUGCAGCAAGCUCGGCAGGAAAUAUCAUUGGUCCGUUGCUCUUCAACGAGAAGGACAAGCCAGCCUACCACCCAGGCCUGCGCGCAUGUCUCGGAAUCUUCACCACUUUGGCCGCUGUUGUGUUCAUUCAGUGGGCCAAUCUAUGGUUCCUCAAUAAACAACAAGCCCGUCGACGUGUACAAAACGGCAAGAGAGCUGAAAUCGUUGACCUUUCGAUGCAAAAUGAUUAUCACAAUAUGCAGGACAGUCUAGAGGAGACUGGACAUGCGACUGUGCAAGUUGGGGACAAUGCGUUCCAGGAUCUGACCGAUCGGGAGAAUGAUGAAUUUGUUUAUAUUUAUUAA